AUGGACGCAAAGCCAGCCGCCAAGAAAGGAUAUCAAGUUCCUUGGAUUGAAAAAUUCCGUCCACAAUUGCUCAAGGAUGUGGUUGGAAAUGAGGAAACCUUGAUUCGAUUGCAAGCAAUUGCCGAAGAUGGAAACCUUCCAAAUCUAAUUCUCUGUGGUCCACCUGGAACUGGAAAGACUACCAGUGUCCAUGCGUUGGCUCGACAAUUGCUCGGAAGUGCCUACAAGGAAGGAGUUUUGGAAUUGAAUGCUUCGGAUGCCCGUGGAAUUGAUGUUGUGCGCAACCGCAUCAAGUCCUUUGCCAUGAACAAGGUCACACUCCCACCAGGUCGACACAAGAUCAUCAUCCUAGAUGAGGCAGAUAGUAUGACCACCAGCGCCCAACAGGCCCUCCGACGUACCAUGGAAAUUUACUCCAAUUCGACUCGCUUUUGUUUGGCCUGCAACAUUAGUACCAAACUCAUUGAGGCCAUUCAAUCGCGGGCAGCCAUUUUGCGGUACAGCAAGCUAUCGCACGAACAAAUCUUGGCCAAUUUACUCAAGGUGUGCGAAGCCGAAGAGGUGGCCUACACGGACGAUGGAUUGGAGGCCAUUCUAUUCACUGCCGAAGGCGAUAUGCGUCACGCCCUUAACAAUUUACAGGCUGCCCACUCCUUGGCCAAGGGUGGUGGUACUGCUAGUGCCUCCACGUCGCUAGUGAAUCAAAAAUUGGUCUUUCAAGUGUGCGAUCAGCCUCAUCCAACCGUGGUGCGAGAAAUGAUUGAUGCUUGUCAAAAGAGCGAUUUGCCCCUGGCCAUUGAGAGCCUCAACAAAUUGUAUGGAUCGGGAUAUUCCGCCAGCGAUAUCAUUGGAACCAUUUUUAAGGUGACCAAGGUUCAUGAUAGUUUGCCAGAAGGUGAAAAGUUGGGGUACCUAAGGGAAAUCGGGUUUACGCACAUGCGCAUAUCCAAUGGGGUUAAUACACUCUUGCAACUAUUGGGAUUGAUAUCGAGAUUAUGUCAAAUGUCGGAGAGCAAGCAAUAA